AAACGUAUUUUCGUUGCUUUUUCAUAAUAAAUUCGUUUGGAAAACAUUUUCCUUCUUUAAGCUAUUUGUCCUUAUCUUGCCAAUCAACCUUCCAUAAGUCCGCGGCUUUGUGCAGAAAAAAGGCCAGCGUAUGCCCGUUGUGUGAUGGGGUAAACGUCAGUGCUGCGAGUCAUUCAUAAACACACGGGCAAGCUUUUUAUUGUUUUCCUGUUCGUUGUUGCGUGCGGUUGUGUUCGCGUGUUCCGUGAAGCGAAAAAGCCUACAACGUUCCUGUACACCCGUGUUUCACCGUGUCCGUGCCUCCCGGUUGCUCCAGUGUAAAAUGUUAUUCUAAAUGCCACUUUUCCUAGGAAUACUAGAAAAAAAAAACGCAUUCAACACACAGACAUAGUUUUGAGCGAGUGUAAGUGGAAACGCGAAAUACUUAAGAAAGUGCAGGCUUAAAUGCAUCUGGUGACAGCGCCCCCCGGAACGCGUACCGAAUGAGCAGAAACAUGAAAAGACAGCUGGAAAAGUUCAAAGAGGAACUCAAAUCGAACCUAUCAAGGUCCAGCAAGGCGGAAAAGAAUGCCGACGGGCUGCAGGAAAUCGAGCGUGAAGUCGACCGCUACAAAGACAUUCUGCAGAACCUUAACAAGCGGAUAGCGACGAACGUUUCCGCCGGCCAGCCCCAGGAUGCGGUGGCGCGCGAGAAGCGCUGCAAGAAGGUGCCCGAGUUCCAGCUCGGCCAGCUGAUGGAGGAAUCGGUCAAGGAUCUACCGACCGGGCUGCUGAAGGAUGUGCUGGACACGUGUGCACGCGUCGAGAAGCGAAUAGCGACGGAGAUUGUGAACAACGAGGUGAACGUGGAGAACUCUGUCAGCAAAAACCUCAACGACAUCAUCGAGCGCCACUUGUCCACGAUCCAGAAGCAGAAGCGCGUCGUCACCAAGUGCCACCAGGAGUAUGAGGCGUCGCGGCAAAAGUAUGAUUCGGCCCAGCGCAACAGUGAUCAGGCGGGAAAUCAGGCAAAGAUCACCCAGCUGAAAGAUGAUCAGGAGGAGCUGCACACCAAGCUGGAGAAGGAGCGCGAUCUGUACGAAUCGUACAUGUACGAGCUGCUGGCGGAGGAGGAAAACAUCGCGCUGUUCGUGAAAGAGUAUGUCAAGCACCAGGAGCUGUACUUCACGUCCGUCCUGCGGGAGAUACAGCACACGAUGCGCAGCAUGGACGGGUUGUUCCGUCGCAAUAACAAGCAAAUCUUCAACACACCCCUGCGCGAUCAUCUGAAGGCGACGGAUCGUAAAAUUGCCUACGUGGUCGAACUGUGCGUUUGCUGCCUGCUGGAGAAGGGCCUGUACGAGGAAGGGCUGCUGCGAGUCGGAUGCGCAUCAUCCAAACUGCGUCGCAUGAUUUCGGCGAUCAACGCCAACUACGUGUCGCCACCGCUCGCGGACAAGUACAGCGAUCCGCACGUCGUUGCGGGCGUACUGAAGAAGUACCUACGAAGCUUGCCGGACCCGCUGCUCACGUUCGAGUUCUAUCCGGACUUUGUGCAGGCGGCACAGAAACCGAGCGAUGCGCAACGGAAGGCGGCCAUCCUCGAUAUCGUGAACCAGCUGCCGAAGGAAAACUAUGACAACCUGCGCUACCUGACCAAGUUCCUGUCCUACCUGGCGGAGAAAAACCAGGAGAACAAAAUGUCGCCGCAAAACAUUGCGAUCGUGAUGUCGCCCAACUUGCUGUGGUCGCCGAACGAGAACGAAAACUACAUGGAUCAGGUGAACAGCACCGCCACGGUGAACACGAUCGUCGAGGCACUGGUGGCCGACUGGUCGUUUUUCUUCGACGGUGAGGUGAAUUUCUACGUCAGCAUGACGCGGGACGCGCUGUUCCCGGACAAUGGGGGGUUUCCGUUCGACAAGGAUCAGCACGUACGGAGCGUUCCCAGUGCCGGCGGGGGUGAUAUGAUGUCACGGUCGAUGUUUGUCACAUCGUCGACCGGCGGUCAGCCGACGGUGGCCGUUACGAUGACGGGCGGUAGCAGCCAGGACGAGCUGCGCCUUGGCCGUGGAGAGGGUGGCGGCGGAGGAGGAGGGGGAGGAGGAGGUGGCGGAGGAGGAGGAGGAGGGAUAGGAGUGUCACAUUCCCGCAGCAGCAGCCACGAUACUAGUCUUAUUCUAAUCAAUAGUAAUAGUAACAAUCACAACAACAGUGGCGGCGGCAGUACGGACCAGUUAAAGUAUCGCAGCCAGUCGAACAGUUCCCUGUCGGAUCAUUCCAGCCCGCCCCAGGAGUACAGUCCGAAGCUACCGAUCAGGCGCAAGCACAACAAGCAGGUAGCGCCAACACCGCCGGACAACAACCAUCAUCACCACGGUAAAGGUGCCCGGGAGGCUAGCAACAAGCUGCACUCGACGCAUUACUUCAAGCAGCUGAGCAGCGGCAUGGCAGCGGGUUCGGCGACCGGCGCCCACAACGGGGACGGAGAUGACGGAUUUGCAUCGCUGCAGCAUCACGCGUACAAGCAGGCCCAGGCCGAGCACGAGCGGCAGCCGAUGCUGCGUGCCGAAAGUCACGACAAUCUGCUGAAGCUAAAGUCGACCGACAAGAUACCGCCACCGCGACCGGCCGCCGUCAGUGUCGACAGUCAGGUGUUGGGCAAAAUCAAGGCCAGUGUAGCAAACAGCACUCUGCAGCAGCACCAAAACAAGCAACCAAAUGCUCCCAAUUGUGAUACAACUAGCACUAGUAGCAGCAGUAGUAAGGAGAACAAGGAAAACAAUAACCGAGCGGCAUCGGCGUCCGGUGCGGGAUCGCUGUUUCCUCCGCUGAAACCCGUCGCCCUACCGAGAACAACGAUUCUCGGUUCGUCAACGAAAGCGCCGAGUGGUGCGGGUGGCGUGGGCGGGAACGGCAAUAACAAUAACGAGGACGGUGGCGAAAACGGACCGGCCGGCGGUGUGAUCAUUCGCGAGAAACCCGUCAUUCCCGAGCGGCCAGCAACGCUGAUGCGUCCGAUGAGUUUCAAGGGUUCGAUACCGGAAAUUUCCAAAGUGAGCGAAGGUACGAACACGAUCAUUACCGGGCUAACGGCGUCCUCGGCCAGCUCGCUGAAGAAGGCGCAAAGCUUCCGGGGUGAAACAACGACGGGCGGCAAUCGGAUAGGUGGGUCGGACAAGUCAGCCGACCUAGAGCGCGGUACGCUCGAGCGGACACAGAUCUACAACAUUGACAAGCAGCAGGUUGCAUUCAUCGACGUGGUAGAACGAUCGUCCGACGAGGAUCAAGGUUCCACCGGUACGGGACUGUCGAGGCCAAAGCAUUCGGGCACGCGCAAAGACAAACCGGACCUGCCCGCCAGUGCCGUGAUGAACCAGCAGCAGGUGGAGCAGGUCGCGUCCGCCGGCAUUACCGUUCCCCAAGGUACACCGCCGCUAGCAAUGAUGGAAUCGACCGGUUCACUCGGUAGCGAUGUGCAAUCGCCCGUCAACCCGAUGCCACCUCCACCUUCCGCAUCCACGACGACACCGAGCAGUGGGACGGGAGCGUCCAACAACAAUAAUGCUGGCAGCUCUACGACGACCACCACCACCAGCACUACUACUACUACUACUAGUCUGCAGCACGUUCCACAGUCGCCGCGUGGUAUCGAUCCGAAGAUAAAGCGGCCACAGGUACCGGCACCGCCACCACCGGUCGGGCGACCAAAAUCGUCCGACUCGACCGACUUAUAACAGUUCGGGGAGGUGUUGAUUUAGAAUCCGGCUUAGGACCGCUUCCGGACGGUGAAUUCGCUUAGCAGCCCUCUUGCAAAUCCUAGCGCGGCCCGCAUUCCCCCUACUUUCCUACCUACCUUUUUCUUUUCGCCUAAUGUGUUAUUUGUUACACCUAGCAUUAUCUCUUUCCACACGCGCCUUGCUUCGUUUUCGUAUAGGACAAUAUUAUGUUUUCUCUCUUUCGUACCCGACUUGCGCGUGGAAGAAUAGGCGAAAUGUUGUUGCGAGUACGAUAGCUAGCUUAGAAGUGAUUCGAUCGAACCCGACAGACAGCCGGACGGAUGAAAUUAGACACAAGGUUCGUGUUGGUGUUUGCCUUUCGCUUCGAUGUGGGCCUUUUCGAAAGUCUCGCAUUAAUGUUAGGUGAAAUGGCCGAUUUAGUUAAGGGAUACAUCACGAACAACUAAUGACGCAUAUAGAAAACGUAAAUAUGUUGAAGUUUUUCUUUCUUUGUUUUGUUUUUUGAAUUAAGGAUGAAUAAAUGUGCGCAAACGACAUCACAGCAGCUCAGUUCAGGCGGGGCAGGCAGGACAUUACAACAAAUCCAUGCAGAGGCAUUGGUGAAGAGUGAAGCUUUUGAAAGUAAUUAUUGCUACAUCAUUUACGCGCCGCUGCUGGCAUGUACAUACUCUGGUUUUGCUGGCGUUUCCUCCCGGAACACACACACACUCGCGCCACACUUUUGCCCCAUUUUGUGUGCGAAACGCGAGUGUAGAAAGAAAUAUUUUUUUUCCCCAUUUUUGGCACAAAGAAACAGUAACAAGCGGGUAAUUGGAAAAAAGUUAGCUUGGAAUGUUUUAUUUUCUUGCCCGCUCAUGGUUGAGAUUUAGCAAAUGAUUGCCAUUUUCCUUGACUGGCCAGUUGGCGGUUCGUUCCCCUUUUUUUGGGACGCAACCGCGUGGAAGUACCGUUGCAAUUUUCGUUGCGUCUCAUUCUUGGACAUUUGAUUAAUGGCGGCGGUGUGUACUGCACACUGUACGUGUGUGUGCGAGCACAGACACGAUUUAUCGUUUCGGGUCGGAAAUUGAAUUUUUACUGUAGAAGAUAAAACCGGAAACCGGGACACAAAACUAAUGAAAGCGAAGCGCGUGCUUUGUGUUGAUGGGAUGGGGUUUUCUUCGAGUGAAAAGAAAUGCAACUGCCAGAAAACUGCAUUACUGGCUGUGCCCAAGCCAUGGUCGAAGCUAACUAUAGCUGACUACUGGUAGCGGAACAGCAUGCUCGAGACAGAAUCUAAUGUCCGAAGCAGGUCAAUGUUAGCUUGCAGAGGGUGAUGCAGCCACCGCAGAACGAAAUAGUGGCUUUGGAUGACUUUCAGGAUGCAAGAGAGCAUUUAACACCGUGAAGUGAAAGGUCAUAUCGGCAAUGGAAGAAUGAACAGAAACAGUGAGGCGAGUGGCAUUAAGGAAGCGCUUAACCAAAACCAUGGCAACGGAAAUGGAAGUCUUAGCUAGAGUUAAUUAAAGCAUUUAAAGCUUUCACCAACACUAUUUUGGCAGCAUCACUUUAUACAUUUGUGGAAUAUUUAUUAUAAACAGAACACGCAACUAUUAAGAAGGGUACGCUCUUGUGGCUUGUGAAAUGGCCUAGAAAGAGCCUUAUAGCGAAGAUUAUGGACAUCAUCCCCGUCAAGACUAUGCCCAUAUGGACUAAGACCCCUAAUUGAGAAAAUCCUCUAAGCUGCGUCCGAGUCGAAGAUCCUCCUAAAGAACUGUUGGCUCCGUAUGUGAGGAAGAAUAAUAGUGGACCUCACUGAGCUGUACGAUGACUACACUAGGCUGUGGUCUAACCUUUUCGAGAUCUGAUGUCCAUCAACUUUGAAACAUGAUUUCGGGAGACAAUGGCUUCUGAAGUUAUGAGUCUAGGCUCGGAACACUGCUUCGCUGUUUGGCAUGCAAAUUUGAAACGGAUAGUCUUAUGAACUUCAGGUAACACUUCACACUACUGAUGGACGGCGCAACCGAACUAGCUAGUUUCCUGCUGCACCCACAAGUCCACCCGAACCAAUUGCAUUCACGAGUCGCAUUCGAUUCCUAUAGGGUCGAACCCGACUCUGGGUCGAUCCUUGAAAAGAGUCCUAUGACCCAUCACUACUUCAGACAGCAGUCAGCACAUCUUCAGCGGAUUGCACUACCCCCUUUGACUGCCGAAUGGUAUCAGACAUGGAAGAGGAUCAAAUAUAAUGAGUCGUUACAAUCUUAUGAAUGCGUCGGAAUAGGGAAAAAUGUACAAUAUGAAAUAUCAUUCACAAGCAACAAAGAAACCAACCAAUUAUUGAACUUGCAACUAUUUUCAUAAGGAACUAAUCAUCCUAUUCGCAUAACAAGCUUUAUAUGGCCCCAUUUUCUGCAAGGCUAUUUUGAUAGAACGCGAUCGUUACAGCUAAUCAUUAAAAAAAAAACUAUACUAAGAGAAUGGAAUGGAAAACGGAAUGAUCAAUCAAAAGAAAAUGUAACGAACAUAUCAAAAGGAACAACCCAUAUUGCUAACAACUUUGCUUCUUCAUCGCAAAAAAACCCGAUGAUAAUAUAUCAUCCCCCAAGACGUUCAUUACUCUACGCAUCAUGAUACAAAAUAGUUUUAAAAAGUAUACAACAUUUUUUGCCAAAAAUACUUCGCCUGUGAGUGCGGCAGCAAUGCAUUCAGCAGCGUGUUUUUGUGGCUGCAUACAAAAUCAGUAUUGUGUUGAUUACAACUGUCUAACCGCGUGUAAGCUUCAGGUUUUACGCUGCAGUAUCGGUUGUGUGCCAGUGUGGUCAAACGAUAAUCUUGUCCCUCAGGCGAACCUCCCUCGCGUUGGCGCCCAAAGUACCCAUAAUUUACAUCACAAAUCCCUUGAAAAACUGUGGAAAAUUACCUGUGUAUAGAUUGUAUUGUAAUGCGCGUAUGUAACCGUGUCGCAGGGACAAAAGGGUGGCACGGUUGUGUGCGCCUCACGUGCGGUUUCAAACCACUGCGGAACUAAUUUCGAUCUCAUAUCAAAUGCACCGGAAGAGUGAUGGACGAACCAGCACACAUAAUCCGUGUCUUUUUUUCUCUGUUCUGGUAUACAGUGAGGUGAAAAAGUAUUCGUCUAGAUACAUAUUUGAAAUCAUAGGCAGAAUUUGGGGCGCAAUACAGCUGGGGAAAAUAGAACCAAAUUGUGCGUCAAGUGUGCUCCAAAAGUAUUUGCUUAUAUAGGUUUAACUUUUACCUCCUUGCCGAAGCAAUCUAUCAAGAGUUGUUGUAAUCGAAAGGUAACAGGUUGUAAAAGGUUGUAACAGAAUAGAAAAAGAAGUCCAGUAGUGAAUCUCUUCUACUCUGCGACGUCGUUGUCUAAAGAGCCUUCUAAUUAGUCAGUGAGUCCUCGAACUCAAAGAGAUCUCCUUGGAGAGCUUCAAAUCAGCACAUUAGCUACUCUUCCUUUUCUUAAGAGAUCCACCAAGAGAAGAGAGAGACAAACAUUUCAAAAAGUUCAAUAGUUCUGCUCAUCACAGGCAGUCUCAGCAGUGCAUUAGCCACUGUAUGUAUAAAAUUGAAAGAUUUUUCAAGUAAUCGUCUUCGAACGAUAAUUGAACAGGCUGAGUCAUAGCUUUUAUGGGAAAUCAGGAAAACUCCAUGUACUAAUGAAUCCAACAUGGCUUAUCGGUUACAAAAGGAAAAGGACCUUAAACCACUGUUUUAACAGACGAUUAGCUGGGUAGAAUUUCGCAGAGUAGGAACUAAGAGGAACAUUUUUCAAACGCCAAUCAAACUUUUGAUGAGAAAGUAUUAGUCAUUGUUCUCUGGUGCCUGGAUUUGUAGGGUCAAGAACCAAACUCAAGUCUGGUUUAUUCUUCAUUAAAACUCGAAGGUCUUUACAACAGGACCAAGGAAUUCAAACACUGCUCAGAGUCCUAUAUAGAGUCGAACAGAACAUCUCUACAAGGUACUGGAUUUCUAACAACAAAAGACGGAAUUAAACUUAUAGCUUAUAGCAGAAUUGGACAAAAAAUACAUCUAUUUUCAUAACCUUAAUGUCAAGAAGACAGGACGAUCAAUUUCAACAUCAGCAGUUCUGAUCUCUAUUUUUAACCAAGUAAAAUUGUAAACCCCAUAUAAACGAAUACUUUUUGGCGCACACCUAAAACAUAAUUUUUAGAAAAUUAUUUGGUAAACAAUUCAAAUUUUGCAGUAAAAUAUGUCGCUAGACUUAUACUUUCAGAACUCACUGUACUCCACCACACAGCUGUAAAAAGCUCCCUGCAUAUUCAGCUACCCAAAAAUUUCAAAGUAGAAAUGAAUCGCGCGUGCUUUUUAUCACCGACAAACCGGCCCAGCCCGCUUUGAAAUGCAGGCUCACAGGUGCACGUGAGCCGAUGCAAAGAAUUCGCGCAAGAAGCGGAACAACCGUGUAGUGUCACAUCCGGAACGGGUAACGCGCUUACGGUUGUUCCCCGUAGGUCCCGGCCGGUCGGUCGUCACCUAGAGUAAUUAGCAUUUAAACAAAAUCAUCAUCAAUAUUCAUUAAAAUUUGUUACUCCCGAUUCCCAUGCCAGGGUGUUGCCGAGUAGCGCUCCCCUUUGUUGGAUGUGUCCAAGGGGCCGUGUGUCCGUGUGUGUUUGGACAUUUAACGACUCCAGGUGGGGGGUUUGUAUUUUUUUCUCUCUCUUUCUCUCUCUCUCUCUCUCUGUUACCGUACGUGAGCGUAAUAAACCGCAAACAAAAUACACAGGAAGGGCUUUAGACGGGUGAACAACAGUUCCGUCGUUGCCAGCGGUGCGUUUUUCGAUUGCAUCGUAGUAGGAGGCUCCCGGGUGUUCGGCACUCACAUCAUUAUGCUUUUAAGUGGGUUGCUGUUUUUUUUUUUCGUCGUGGCUAUUAAACGUGCGUGGUGACGUGUGAUCGGACUAUGAUGAUUAUGAUGUGAAUUGCACAAACCUGCCGGGUUGGGGAAAACACGCAACAUGUUGCCCCUGCUCCAGUCCAUGUGUUCCUGCAGCAGCAGCAGCAGUCUAUUCGGCGGCAGUACUUUUCGGUGAAUUACCUGUGACAGUGAGUAGCAAGCGAGUAAAAAACACAAUGCAUCAACAGUGUGUCAAUGUGGCAACUGAAACCGUUUGUCGUCACGGGCCCCAGUUUUUCCAGUCCUGCAGGGGGAAAACGAAAAAUCUGAGGGAAAAAGCUAGGCAGUGAUUUUACCUGAGGGAUAGGUGUUUUUUCCUUCUGUGUGGUUCGUUGUCGUUGCCUCGUUACUCUCCCGCAAGGGCUAAUUACGAUCGAUUGUUUCGGUGGUUCUGUUGAAGGGAUUUGCACUCACACACAAAGCCUACUGUUGCUACUAGAUUCACUGCGUGCGCCACGGAUUGGCAGAUUGACAGACAUGAUUCCUGAGCAUACUGUGAUCGGGGAAGGAUUUGUGAGUGAUAUGAAUAUACAAAAAAUGGUUUAAUUUAUACAUUUUCUCAUUGGUUGAUGAGACCAGCCGGAUUUUUUUCGGAAAUGCAUUCCCUAGCAUUUUUCUCUACUAUAUGCAUUUGGAGGGUGGUUUUUGAAACCAAAAACAAAUCGGUAUUUGCAUAUUAAUAAAUGUUACUGCUGCUGCCACGAUUACUUCUACUAUUACUACUUCUAUAGUACAGGGUUUUUCAAUUGUAAUAAUGUAAAAGAUUCGAUCCUUUUUGUAGGCUCCUUAGAUGAAAUUGUAAAUGAAGCUAGUUGACAUGGGAACGGUUUCAGAUGACAGGCGAAUCAAUUAUUGUGAAGCUACCAGAUGAUAUUGUUAUUGAAUCCGAUGAUAAGUUACGUUACGGGCCGUUUACAAUAUCAUCUGGCUACAUCACAAUGAAAGGAAAAGGAUUGGCGGCCUGUCAUCUGAAGUCCUUCCAAUAUUAUCUAGCAUUGUUAGUCUUUUCAAGAAAAAGUUUACAACAAAGGAUCGAUGCGUUUACAUUAUCAACUGGAACACGCCUGUAUCUUCUUGUUCUAUAGCUUUAAAUAUUUGCUAGUGAUGUUUGCUAGGUAACAAAAACUAAAAAUCAAGCUUACUUGUAUUUUUGUUAUAGAUAAUCGGACUAUCUAUUAUUGCUUAUGCUUAGGUAAAGUUAAACUAAAGCUAUAAAAUCCAAACCACUCUAUCUUCUAACUCCACAUCUAAGUGCCCCGCGCCGCCUCCCUUUUCCGCUGCGAAGCGAAUUAGAGAAAAAAUAAGAAAAUCAAAGAAAAAAAAGAAGAAAAAACGCUUUUUUGCCCACAUAAGUCAUUGGAGUGAAGUGCAACAGUAAUAUAGAAAAAAGAGUGUUAAGUAAAAAGAAAAGAGAGAAAAAAAAACAAAAAAUCGUAAGUGAAGAAAGGAGAAAAAUGAAAAACAAAAUGAAUGAAAACAUGUAAAGCAAAACAAAGGUGAUAAAAGUAGCAAAAAAAGGGGACAAACGAUUAGGCACCAUCAAGUCACCGCCAGGAUGCUCCGCUAGUGUAGAGCGCUAGGAGCAGGUGUGCUGUGUUGUGCUAGAGGUUGUCUAGUGCUGAAUUUAAUUCAAUUUAGUAUGUGUUUUGUUGUAUUGCGUGUCGCUGUUUUAUGUUUGUGUUUGUUUCGUUUGCUUCUCAGCUAUAUUAAACUAUUGAAGCAUAAAACAACAGAAACGCAAACAAGAAACCUCUUCUCGUUAGGAGUAAACUGAUAAACAGCCAUGGUUAUUGGCAACAACAAAAAAACGCGAAACAAAACGUAUUAUUACAAUCAAUUAUGCAUUAAUAAUUAGUACGCAGAAUUAAUAAUGAAUUAAAGCAAAACGAACGCUCGCGGGUGCAUGCUCGUGCAUGAUGGAUAAUGAAAUUUAAUCAGGAAAACUGGACAACAAUUUUUUCCCCGAUACAAAUAGCGACGUGGAGGAGACAAGACCCGAUUCUUGAAAUGUGUAAUGUGUAAAAGGGGCAACAAAACUGUAUUAAUGAAUUGGGGAGAAGGAAACACCAGCAAAAAAAAAAAAUACCUAAAACCAUACAAGGCGCAUUUCUCGCGCCAUCACAGAUGUAACAAAUGAUUAAUUAUUGAAAAUAAAGCCGGCAGUGAAAUGUUGAUUUUUAUUACAGUGAUAA